AAUAAAAAAAUAAGUAGCAACUGCAGAUUGUUUUUUUAACAUAUGUUUACGUAAUUUGGGUAUUUCCGCAUCAUUUGAGUGGGUGGUUGCAAGUUGAAUUGGAGACUCGAAGGUGGUGGUGGCGCGAGGGAGGCGAAAGAGCAAGCUGUCAAGAGAAGUUAACACUGUGUUCAAGGGAAAAAAUAACCUAUAGGGAAAAGGCUAUUCGAUUAAUCACCGUGGCCGAAGUUGGAAAUGGAUGGAAUGUUUGGAUGGGGACAGACCCCUUUGAACCAAGGGAAUCCCUUCAUUGAGAUCAUUGAACAGCCCAAGCAGAGGGGCAUGAGGUUCAGGUACAAGUGUGAGGGGCGCUCUGCGGGAAGCACCCCGGGAGAGAAGAGCAAUGACACCACCAAGACACACCCUGCCAUUAAGGUACACAACUACAAUGGCCCCCUGCGUGUCCGAGUGUCCUUGGUGACCAAGAACCCACCUCACAAGCCCCACCCCCAUGAACUGGUGGGGAAAGACUGCAAACAUGGUUACUAUGAGGCAGACCUGCAGGAGAGACGAGUACACAGUUUUCAGAACCUGGGCAUUCAGUGUGUGAAGAAAAAGGAUGUGGCCGAAGCAGUUUCCUGUAGACUGCAGACCCAAAACAACCCCUUCAACAUUCCUGAGGCAAAGGUGUGGGAGGAGGAGUUUGACCUGAAUGCAGUGAGGCUGUGUUUCCAGGCCUCGAUCACUCUACCUACCGGGGAACUCUGCCCUCUGGAGCCCGUGGUGUCCCAGCCCAUCUACGACAACAGAGCACCCAACACAGCAGAACUGAAGAUCUGUCGAGUGAACAGAAACUCUGGAAGCUGCAGAGGGGGGGAUGAGAUCUUCUUACUUUGUGACAAAGUGCAAAAAGAGGACAUCGAGGUGCGGUUCUUCCAGGACUCGUGGGAGGGGAAGGGCACCUUCUCCCAAGCGGACGUCCACAGGCAGGUGGCCAUUGUGUUCCGCACCCCGCCCUACUGCGACACCAACCUGACCGAGCCAAUCCGAGUGAAGAUGCAGCUCCGCAGGCCCUCGGACCGCGAGGUCAGCGAGCCAAUGGACUUCCAGUUUCUGCCCUCCGACCCAGAUGAAUAUAGACUGAUGGAGAAGAGAAAACGGACCGAGGGAAUGUUCCAGAAUCUGAAGCUGGGGUCCAUCAUGCCAGGGGCCAUGCCAGCAGAGAGAAGGCCUUUCAACACUGCCAGGAGAACAGUCACCGCCAAGCUAGCAGCUAGCCAGCCUGUGGUGAACCCAGUGGUGCCCCCUAGUGCCGUCUCUGUGAAGCCCCAGCCUUACUACAAAGGCCCCCAGCCAGGCCAGCUGUUUCAAACCCAACCCAAGGCAGAGGCCUCCUCCACCACAGCAGAGACCUGGAAGUUCCUCAACAGCCUGACUCUGGACUCCCAUCCCAAAGCCACCCCCGUGGCCAGCUUCACCACCAACCCCCAGGCCUCUGCAGCCACAUCCUCCUCCUCCUCCGCCCAGGCCUUUUCCACCGUAAACCUGUCGGACCUCCACGGCUUCGCUUUCUCCACCUUUGCUUGUCCCCAGGAGCCGGUGAGUGCAGCCGCUACCCCAGAGCCCACCUCUACCUUCGGGGUCCAGGGCUCCCAGUUCAAGGUGGAUGAGGAGCUACCUGAGUUCCCCAGCUUUUCUGAGGUACAACCGUCAGGGACUCUAGAUAGUAUAAACGUUGACGACUUCCAGGCUCUUCUGGGCCAGAGUGGUCUGGCUGGAGAGGGACCAGGGAGCAGUGGGCCGUCAGCCCCUCAGGCACCCUGCCAAUUACCCUCCACCAUCAGCUGUGGCGGCAGCACCUGGAUGAACUACCCCAACAGCAUUGUCAACCUGCUCCAGAACGAGAGCAUGAUGGACAGUUCCCCCGGCAACGCCAGCCAGCCGGCCGUCCUUGACGACCUGGACGUCUUCGGCUCCAUGGACGAAGACUGUCUCAUGUCCAUCCUGAACAGUAGCAACCAGACCGGUUUUGUGUCCGGUCAUCAGACCUAAGAGACAUCCGUGUGAUUUGACUGACAUGAUUUUUGACAUAAUCCCCCUUGCAGACUACUUUUAGCUUUUCCCUCGCCCUUGAGACCCUGGGCCCGGUUGCAUAAAACACCUUAAGUUAAUUUUCCCCUUAUAUUUUCCCUUAACUUUAAGUCAGUUGCACAAAACAUUUUAAGGUGAAUUUUCCCCUUAAAUUAAGUACAAAA